AUGAUAAUUAUGUGUGCACCUGUACUGGAGUUAGCAGGUGACGGUUUGUCGUCUGUUGACUUUCCCGCAUAUGUGCCAGGCCGGAUUCCGUUCAUCGAGGGAUGUCCCGAUCCGGGCUGGACUAAGUGUUGGGAAGGUGGCGGGCUUGGCAAUGCAGCUUGCGCCCUUGGUAUGGAGAAAAGGGUUGAUUUCUCAACGUGUUGGCUAAGAAAUGGGUUGGUAGUCUCCGGUUUCGUGAGGGCUGUGGUGCAGCCUUCUCGAUCUACUUCGACUGAUCCUGUUGGUAUGGAUGGAGCUGUGGAGUCUUUUAGGAAGAGAGUUGAGGAGGAGGAGUUCGUGGAGGAUAACAAAGAAUUGAUUAUUCCCGUGGUGAACAGGCGUAAAGCUGCUUGGCAAAGUGUGAGUAGUAUUGACAUUGAGGAGCUUGCACCGCUAAAAUUGGUGUAA